AUGGGCGACAUAAGCCCAAAACAUCCUACGAUGCAGACUAAGGAAGGGUCGGAGAUGGAUGCAGACGAGCUACGACUGGCUCAGAUGGGCCACACUCAGGAGCUCAAGCGCCAUUUCAGUAUCCUGUCGUUGAUCGGUCUCGCGUCCACCACGACGAUCUCCUGGACUGGCCUGGGACUAGGGAUCGUCACGGAAAUCAAUGCCGGUGGGCCAAGUGCAAUCAUAUACGGCUUCAUCCUCGUGACAAUCCUGCAGUCCUUCCUUGGAGCGUCCCUGGCUGAAUUCGUGUCCAGCUACCCAACCGAGGGUGGCAUGUACCAUUGGAUUGCUGCCGUUGCACCCAGAAGAAUGGGCACUUCUCUGAGUUUCAUCACCGGCUGGCUGACUGUCUCUGGUUGGAUCUUUACCACGGCGUCGACAAACUUGAUCUUUUCCCAAGUGGUCCAGGCACUCUACGCUCUAUAUCACCCGGACCUGGUGAUCAAAACGUGGCAGACUUUUGUCAUCUAUCAGAUUCUCAACAUCCUCACCGCCAGCGUGGUUCUAUUUGGGAACAAGGUCAUCCCAGCGCUGAACAGAUUCUCAUUGUUCUACCUCCAGCUCGGCUGGCUGGUGGUUCUAACGGCAGUAGUUGCGUGCGCUCCCACCCACCAAAGCAGCGCGUUUGUCUUCAAGAACUGGAUCAACAAUACCGGCUGGAGCAGCAACGGCAUCUGUUUCAUCACUGGCCUGGUCAAUCCACUGUACAGUCUGGGUGGACUUGACGGCGUCACACACAUCACGGAGGAGAUGCCUAACCCCUCGCGCAACGCCCCAUUGGCAAUUGCCAUCACCCUGACCAUCGCCUUUACCACCGGUCUGACGUAUCUUAUCGGCCUGAUGUUCAGCGUCCAGGACUAUGCUGCCUUGUCGAGCACAAACACCGGCUUACCCUUGGCCGAGCUCUUCCGUCAGGUCACGCAGUCGGCCGGCGGGGCAUUCGGACUGACCUUUAUUCUCUUCGUCGCCCUCGGACCAUGUGUCGUCUCCUCGCAACUGUCCACCUCCCGCGUUCUCUGGGCUUUCGCCCGAGACGGCGCCAUGCCUUUCUCAGGCGCUUGGGCGCGUGUCAGCAAGCGGUUCGGUAUCCCCUUCAACGCCCAGCUGCUCGUUGCCGCAGCCAACGCAGCUCUAGGCUGCCUGUACCUCGGCAGCAGCACGGCGUUCAACAGCAUGCUGGGUGCGGCUGUCACCAUCAACAACAUCGCAUAUCUGAUCCCCAUCGCCACGAACAUGCUCACCGGCCGAGCCAACAUGCACAGGGGAGACUUCCACCUGGGUAAAUGGGGCUGGGUCGUCAACGGCGUGACCGUGGCGUGGCUGCUUUUUGCUAUCGUUUUCUUCAGUUUCCCAUACACCAUGCCCGUUACUGCUCAAAACAUGAAUUACACCUGUGUUGUAGUUGGUGGGUUGAUCGUCUUGAUCCUGGGGUGGUGGUUUGUCGGCAGCGGCCAGUAUAAGGAGAAGAUUGCCCGUGCAAAGGAGGAGUAG